AUGAAUAACAAAGUUAGUGUACCAUACGAGACGUGUGAACUAAGGAAUGUUACUUUUGAGCUACCUAAAGAAUUUCAUCCAAAUGUAAAAUAUGGCUUUAUCAGAAAUUUCCUAUUUGGAAAAUAUACCUUCUACUACUUUAAAGGCAUUUUUAAGGUAUCAACAAAGGUGGCUGCAGGUUUUCUACUUUUUUAUUACCCUUUGGAUAAAGUCCACUGCAACAUUCGUAGAUUUAAAAAUAAUCUGAAGAAGCAGGAUUAA